AUGAUCAUGGCGGUAUCUUCGUCGUUUCUAAAGUUUAUAUCUCUUACUGUGGUCUUAUCGUGUACAGUAAAGGCAGAAGUCAAAAUGUUUCCUCGGAGGACUGCCUAUGAAGAUGGUACAAUCAUGUUAGGGGGUCUGUUUGAUCUACACCAUACCGAGGGAGUAAUUAACAACAGCUGCAGCAAUCUCCUCGCCUCAAACUUGGGUUCCUUACAAGCAAUGAUAUUUGCCAUCGAAAAAAUAAAUGAUAACAGGACAUUCUUGCCAAAUGUGACACUUGGAUAUGAACUCUUGGAUUACUGUCUCCAGCCAGCAAUAGCCGUUGAGGCGUCUUACGAAUUAGUGGUGAAAAGUGAUCAUCGAUUUUCACUCCAAAACUGUACAAGCGAAAACGCGUUCAGUGGCCACUUCAAAGAAAUAUCAGGCGUGAUUGGGCCAAUGGAUUCUGCCAGCGCCAUCAUGGUGUCAAGUCUGUUUGAAAUCGCGCACAUUCCGUCCAUAAGCUCCCUAGCGACAAGCGUGGAACUGAGUUCAACACUUUACAAACAUUUUUACCGCACAGUUUCGCCUGACAGUUGGCGCGCAAGUUUGCUCGCUGACAUAGCGCAGUUCUUCAACUGGACUUACGUUGCUGCAAUAGCGCUUGACGACUCCUUCGGCCGAUACGGAAUCUGGGGAAUAGAAAAAGAAGCAAACUCGAGAGACAACCUUUGUAUUGCCUUGAAAAAGUUUGUCCCCCGAGUGGAUCCUUAUGAUAAGUUUAAGGAAAUCGUGCUCGAGCUCAAGAAAAUGGAAAAUGUUAAGGUGGUGUUUUUUUGGCUUUACGGACAGUUCGCGCAAUCUUUUAUGGAAGAAGCAGUAAGACAAGGUGUUAGAGGAAAAACAUGGAUAUUUACUGACGGAACAGCGCCAACAGAUCCCUUUUUCGGACAUGAUCGCUUUGCUGGCUUACUUAAUGGAUCAUUUGGUGUUUUUCACAGGGCUUCGCGAUGUAAGGAAUACCAAAAAUAUCUGGUCAAUCUUGCUAAAAGGAACUUUUCGGGCAGCACCCAUCUGUGGUGGCAAGAAUACUGGCAUAACCCAAAAAAUAAAAACACUUUAUCUGGUUCAUUAGAAGAGUAUUUUUCUAAUGAGAAUCCAUUCAUUAGCAAUCCUUACGUUUCAUACACUAUUGAUGGGGUGUACGCCUUCGCACACGCCCUACACAAUAUGUACAACUGCAAGGAGCCACAUGGUCUCUUGGAGGGUGGAAAAUGCCCACGACUUCAAGAUCUGAAGGUGAUUGGGGAUUGUCUUGACCUUUACUUGAGGAAUGUGAGUUUCCAAGGAUUGACAGGAACAGUACAAUUUGACGAACGCGGUGACCCAUUGGAAGCUUCGUACGAUAUUGUAAACUUCAAGAGCCAGUUUGGCAAAGGUCUUGAGGGCGUUCAUAUCGGUUGGUGGGCUAGAAGAAGCAUUUCUAAACUACACUUGAACUUACCGAUGAUAACCUGGAACAAUCAAGAUGGAUUCGACGGUAUCCCCUCGUCAAUCUGCUCCAAAGACUGUAAACCGGGUGAAAGAAAAGUCACAAGAUCCUCUUGUUGUUGGGAAUGUGUCGACUGCCCAAUCGGUACCAUAAGUUCCGACGGUAUUUCUUCUAACUGUUCCCAAUGUUCCGAGAGAGAGAAACCCAAUAACGAGAGGACACAAUGCAUGGAUCUUCCACUGAACAACUUGAAAUGGAGAGAUAUCUCAGCCCUUAUCGUGACAUGCACAGCAGCGCUUGGUCUGUGUUUGACCAUCCUCUGUUUCGCUAUUUUCAUUAAGUAUCGGAAUACGCCGAUAGUAAAGGCUUCGAACAAGGAACUUAGCUUUAUUUUGCUGUUUGUAGUGGUGUUAUUUUUCGUCUUUGCUUUACUAAACCUAUUAACUCCCACAGACAUCUUGUGUAGAGUUGUCUGCAUCUGGCGCGACACUGUCUAUACCUUAUGCGUCUCCAUACUUCUUUUGAAGUCAAGAAAAAUCGUCAAGGCUUUUCGGCCUCAGGGUAAGUUACCCGACAGCUUGGCCUCCAGGACAAAUAGGCGGAAAAACUUCUGUUUCAAAGGACAGAGACUUCAUUUAUUUCUAUUAUCGUCCAUACAGAUCAUACUGAAUUUGAUUUGGAUUUUAGUGGACCCGCCCUCCAAAGAAACCAUCGUUCGUCCUCUUCAAUAUAUUUUUGUGGUUUGUAAACCUUUUAAAUCCGUUUCUGGCCAUGUACUUUUAAUAAUUAGUGUAACAUUUCUCAUGAUUCUUUCACUUGCAUGCAUCUAUUAUGCUUUCAAAGGUAGAAAAAUUCCGGAAAAUUUUAACGAGGCGAGAUAUAUUGGUUUUGCAAUGUACAUUGUACUGUUGUGCUCUGCUGCUUAUUAUCCUGUGGUGUUUGGCUUGGAGGGAUGGUAUGUAGGCGUUAUCGGGGGAGUAACCACUCUCGUAAGCUCUUUUGCUCUUUUAGGUUGCAUGUUCGGGCCUAAAGUGUACGUAAUUAUUUUUAGUCCUGAGCAGAACACACGCGAGGCGAUUAGCACGGAGAUUACGAAGUAUUCAUUGUCUUCUGUGGCAGCGAUAGGAGGAGCGGCAGCUAGAGUAGCCCCAGUGCCCUCGUCACACUCUUCACUAUGA